UAAAAGAAGCAGUAGAGCAGUUUGGCCUGUUACAGAGUUAUGGUUCAACUAACGAUGGACCUAAUUGCUAAAAGUGUCGGUCACAAGAAUCGCAAUGAAGAGGACUUUGGACAGUAUCUGCGAAAAAUAACUCAUCUGAAUUUGUCAGAUAAAAGUAUAGAUACAAUUGGUGACCUCUCUUUGUUCAAAAAUCUUAGAGUUCUAUAUUUAUAUGAUAACCAAAUCGGACAAAUCCAGAACUUGGACUUUGCUUCAAAUAUAACGCACCUUUACCUUCAGAACAAUUGUAUUUCAUGUAUAGAAAAUCUCUCAUCACUGAAAAACCUUGAAAAACUAUAUUUGGGGGGCAACUGCAUCACUGUAGUAGAGGGUUUGGACAAAAUAGAAAAAAUAAGGGAGCUACACAUUGAAAAUCAGCAUCUCCUUCUUGGUGAAAAGCUUCUGUUUGAUCCAAGAUCUCUUAGGUCCCUGGCAAAAUCUUUGUCUGUGUUGAAUAUCAGCAAUAACAACAUUGAUGAAUUAGAAGAACUGGCAGUUUUGGAAAAUCUUUGUUAUCUUAGAGCAAUUGACAAUCAACUUGAACAUAUGAAGGAUUUGGAGGUUGUAUUAAACAAAUGGACAAUGCUGCGCAGAAUGGAUCUUACAGGAAACCCCAUCUGCCACAAACCAAAGUACAGGGACAGGAUUGUAGUACAGUCACAAGCUUUAGAGUCCCUUGAUGGGAAAGAAAUUAAAGAAAUGGAAAGACAGUUCCUAAUGAAUUGGAAAGCCUCCAAAGCUGCCAGGAAACAAAAAAAAAACCCAAACCAAGAAAGAAUGACAAAUGAACAUGCAGCCUAUCUACAUAUUUCUGACUUUGAAUCACCUUAUCCUAGUCUUCGUUUCCACUACAGUCACUCUGUGGAAAAAAAAAAAAAUUUUUUUAGUUUUGUCCAAGAUUCACAAAGUUAA